AUGGUGUUGUUUGGCAAUAAAUAUCAGUAUUUUGGUGUAAUUUCGGCUAGGUCAUCGUUUCCAAUAACAUUUGAUAUUGUAAUAUUCCAACCAAAAUAUCUUGGAAGAUUAUUAGUAUAUUAUGUGCUACUUCCUAUUAUUUUAAAUAUAAAAUCAAGAUCUCACCUACUACAAUAUUUGCAAGGGCGAAUGGUAAAAUUGGUUCCGCUGUGCUCUACUUUAACAACAUUUCUUGAAAAACAAGGUGAUUAUUUUAAAAAAAUAUGUCAGUCCAUGGCUUUAAAUGUUUUUAAUAUAACAUUCGUCGUUACCUUUUAG